AUGAACUACUCCCUAUGUUUCCCAGCAAGGAUUUUGAAUGAGAACAUCACCCUCUAUAGUGAAUUGAGGGUUAAUUCUACUUUCUCUUUGGAUAAACCUUCUUUGCAAAUCCUGCAAGAAUGGAUCAUUUACCCUCCAUACUCCAAGACGAAGAUGUUCCUGAUCCCACCAAUUUUUUGCCUUCUGGCAGCCAUCCUGGUUAUCCCUUUCAUCUUAUUUGUGAUUUUUUCUCGUGACAACAUCCGUCAGGAAACAAGGUACCUGCUGCUGGCAAAUGCUUUGCUUUGUGAUUUAAUAUAUCUGAUACUCUAUGCUCUAUCUGCCAUUUUCAGUGUGUCCAACCUCAAGUUCUCAAAAUUUGCCUGUGUGAUCCUGUUGUUUUCGCUGGCAAUGACUUACUGUGGAGGGUUAUUAACAGCUGUAGCAAUGGUGCUGGACACCUACUUGGCCAUUUUGUGGCCUUUACAUUAUAUCUCCAUCAUGCCCUCUUCACGGACAAAAGUGCUGAUACUGCUGCUAUGGAUCUUCUCUGGGAUUUUCCCUGGGAUUGUCUUCUUAAUACUAGAGGUCACUCAGAAAUCCAAUGUAUGCCCAGUGGAAAACUGUUCUGUCCCAGUAAUAUUGGUCAUGACUUUACAAGGAAAUGAUGCCGUGAAAUUCUGCUAUGUACUUUCAGUCUCAGCCCUUUUUCUCUGUCUGUCCCUCAUUCUCUGCUGUUAUAUGAUCCUGUAUUUUAAAACAAAACAGUCAGGAAUCUGGAAGAGCAUCUUCUCUAGAGCCAGCGUGACCUUCCUGAUGCAUCACACGAUCUUGUUCUUUCAUUUCUCUCCUCUCUUGGCUGCGGUGGUGGAGUCACUGCUUUACGUCAAUGCUGUCAUUGGGCCACAGACAGGAGUGUGGAUCUCUCUGAUCAUCUGCAAUGUGCUGAUCAUUCUGCCCAAAGCCUUGUCGCCGUAUCUGUGUGCGCUUCGAUACCGGGAGCUAUCCUCACCCCUCAAGUCCUUCCUCAGAUGGAAGCGCAUGACUGCGGUGUCUCCUGCUUCAUCCACUUGA